AUGAUUUUACUCCACGAGAUUCGCACUCGCUAUGGGUCAAACGGGCAUCACCAGAGGCAGCGCGGCCAUAUUCUCGAACGGACGGCGCUGGCGCGUCUGGCCGCCGACGAAGCAUACAUGCAACGACGUCGUACCAAUGUGCAAAACUUUGGCAGCACGUGGCUGAAGCCACCGGGGCUUCCCAAGACCCUGCACCAGAUGCGAGAGGAGAAGCGCGAGCAGGAGGAGCACCAAGAAGCGAUGCGACGCGAGCAAUUGGCGCAGGAACUUGCCGAGGCCGAGGCCGAAGCGGCCGCCGAGGGUGAGGACGCCAUGGACGACGUGCAGCUCGACGGCGCCCAGGAUCUGGACGAGGAUAUUCCCGAUGCAGACGACGAGUUUGCGCUCGGUGGCGGUAGCGAUAGCGAAGAGGAAGAAGAGGAGGAGGAGGAAGAAGCGGAUGUCAGCGCAGCAGAGGAAGCCCUGCGGGAAGAGCGCCGCAACGAUCUCAUGGCUGCGCGGAUGCGCAUGACAGACGACGCUUUCCGUGAGGCACUCGUCCGCGGUGAUCCCGACGGCGACGACAUGUAUGGCGGCGGGGAAGAGGAGCUCGACGCGCAGGACCAGGGCCACCUGCUGGACGAAGAAGACUUUGUGCCGAGCUCUCUGCUCGAUGAGGGCGGCGAUGGCGACUUGGAUCUCGGCAUGGACGCGAAUCUCGACGACGACAUCCCGGAAGCCGAGGAAGAGUACGAGGCGGGCUACGAGCAUACAGACUCUGAUGCGGCGUUGUCGAGCGAGGAUGAUCGCAGACGCGAGGAGAGCUCCGAGGAGAGCUCCGAGGAGGAAGAUGUCGGGUUCGCGCCCAGGGCGGCGCCGUUAGUACCCCCGCAGAGCCCAACGCUGCGUGGCCAUCGGCACAGACGCAGUAAUGCUGGGGCGUCGACGGCAGGACCGCGUUCGAGCAUGGAUUUGAGCGCGUUCUUGUCACAGGAUGAGAGUAGCUUCAUGAAUAGCAGCCCCGUGCAGGGACGACGGAACAUGCGUGGCUGA